AUGAGCUCGGUAGGCAUCAAAAGUAAAGAGAAGUCACAGCAAAUUGAACUUUUAACUUUAGAAGGCGGGGAGAUCAACCCCCCUUCGAAUGUAUACCCGUUGAAUUGGAUUUCAAAUACCGAUGCUUACAAGAAUAUACAUAACCAGACCAACGCAGACAACCAAGAGCACAACAAGGAACAGAAUGUGUAUCCAGACUUUGAAGUUUGGAGGCAAUCUGCAGAAGAGAAUGAAAUUAUGAAGACUCACUUACAAAAAGGUUAUUAUCAAUCUCCUGUCGUAAAACACGAAGAUCAAUCCGGAAGACCUCUCAUGGCUGAGAUUUUGAAUAAGGAAGAAUCGACAAAGAAACGUAAAUUAAGAGUAAUGGGUCAGGUUUUCAUUGAUGCCAUGCAUAGAAGAAGUGUGUUUAAUAGUAUUAAAAAUAGGGAAAGCUACAAACCACCACCAAGAGUUACGCUAACUGAACACAAGAAAGAGAUCUGGUUGCAAAGAUUAGCAGAUAAAAAAAAUCCUCUGAAGGAUAUUUCAAGAGCAAUACCUCAUGGACUUAGAAAUAAGUACCUAUUAGAACAAUGCUUGAGUCACAAUAUCCCUAUAACUAGAGCUAUAUGGUUGAUCAAAUGCAUCUCAAGCAAUGAACAACGUCACCUGAAGAGAAAAAACGCAAGCAUUAGUAAAUGGGUGGUUGAGUGGACAGAACAGGUUACUUCAUUCUUAGAGUUUGUAAUUGAAAGUUGCUUUCAGGACAACACUAACUGGAGAAAUAGGUUUAAUUAUGCGAUAGUAUUGGUGGUUAACUUAUACUCAGAUGAGUUGAUGAAUCGAAUUAUAUUUUUAACUUGGAUUGUCAGAUUUACAUCACAUAUUGUUACCAAGGCAUCAACGUUUGAGGAUUUGAGGGAAUUGUUGGUCCAUCAAUCGAUCAUCAAGUUGUUUUGGUUUAAGAUCAUCGUUCAUGAUUAUCUUACUAAGGAAUUGAGCGAAUCUAUGUUGAUGAUCCUAGCCAAAAUUAGUCAACUAAGUAAAGGAACAAAGUUUGAUGUUUUAUCACAAAAAAUCACUGAUAGCUUUCAAUAUCUGAUUAAAUAUUUGUUCUACUAUAAUUCCGAUAUAUUCAUUCUACCUUCAAACUGGAGUAACUUGAAGCCACAUCUUAGGAAAACACUAGACAUGAAUUUGCCUCCAGUGUAUGAUCAAUUUAAUCUCAUCUCAUAUAGAAAUGAAACUUUAACGAUAGACGAAUCCGCAGAGUCUUCAUGUUCCGAUAUUAUACCAAAUGAUAAAACCUCUUUGAUUUUAAACAAAUUAAACAAUCUUGAAAGCGAAUCAAUUCAAUCUAUAUCUAAAAUGAUCUUUGAGGACAUGGGCAGUAAUUGGAGACAAUAUAUUGAUAUGCUUUUUGAAUGGAGCAUUCAAUCGUUUUCUGACUCUAGAAUUUCUCAGCAAAGAAUAAGUCUGAUUUGUUCAAUAUUACAAUUUCGACUAUUGCAAUUAAUUCAGUCCAAGUCAAAGAGAUACAAGAGUACGCGUUCUGAACUUGAGAACAAAGUUAUUGAUUUUGUCCACUCGAUGUCUGAGAUUAUCAACUAUAAAACUUUGGCAGAACCCCAGGGAGAAUUUUUUGAUAUUUCCAGUUUCUUGAUACUCAUCAAUAAACUAUACGUUAUGAAAUUGUUUAUUGUUAGCUCGUACCUAAGAAGGUUGAUUGCUUCAGGUGUUAUUUAUUUAAGUGAACCAGAUAGAACUUGCUACAUACAUAUUCUGAUUCUUAAUUCACUACCUGUGUCCGAUCCGAACUUGGUGAGCAUAUUGAAAAGGUUGAUUGAUUCAACGAAGCUAGAAAUUCCUUGUAUUAAAAAUAAAGAUUUGAUCAAACAGGAACGAGUUAUUCACAUAGACUCGAUAUUUAAAAAUGACAAUAUUGGAACUAUUACAUUUACAAGCGAUCCUAUGUACAUUGGUGAACAACUUGAGUUAGAUUCAUUUACAUACUUCGAAUUUGAGUCUAGACUGAAAAAUGAAGAAUUAAAUUUGAAGGAGUCUAAUUUGAAUGCCUUAUAUGAAUUGUUUUCUAGACACCCCAGUUGCUUGUCCAAGUUUUUUAUUUCUAUUAUGGACGGAUUGGAUAGCGGAACAGUUAAAAUUGAUAGUGCUGAAACCAUGUGUCUCUUAUGCAAGAUGAUAUUUAUGAACUCAAAAUUGUUAAAAUGCUCAAUAUUCAGUAUAAAAAUGACUAUAUUAGACCUAAUAUACAAGAAAAUCAAAGAGUGGGGUGAAACCAAUAAAUUCAAUAUCAUUGCAUCACUGAUCAGAUCCGGCACCCCAAUCGAUUUAAUUCCCUGUGAUAUUAAUGUAAGCAAUGUUUCAGUUGGGGAGGAGUUUUUGAAACCAGAAGAACUAGCGAUAUUAGAGGUUGGUAGUUAUGAAAGAUUGAGUACAAGUGCAGAAUUCACGCAUUAUACCACUUUAGCUAUUACUAAGUAUGUCAACAGUGUUAGAGCCGGCGUUUCAGAUUUUCUAAUUGUUCGCUUUCUAAAGAGUCUACAAAGGUGGAAACAACAAGAGUUUGAAAAAUGCGUACACGAUUAUAUCUUUCGAUUUAUCAAGCCGACUUUGCAGUUAGAAUAUGAUAUAAAUUUGAAGGUACUUGUGAAAAUGGUGUGUGAUGAGUUAUUCGACUUUAAAAACAUUAUAGGUAUUUUUGAGAAUAGUGGUGAUAUAUUUGAUGCCCAGGAGGACAAACAUAUUCUGUGGGAUUUAUUAUUUAAUGUUAAUGAGGGUGUGGUGUUUCAAUUUGCCAGAUGGGUUUAUAUUCACCAAAAUGCCAAUGAUUAUUUCAAAAUUUUGAGGGAUAUGAUAUUUGCAUCUUUUAAGGUGAGCAACAGCAAGGUUGAUUCGACAGGCACACCUAACGAUGUUGAUUUGAUGGAUUCAUUUGAGAUUGUGAAACCAUUCGAAAUAGGUCAGCUAAAUGGUCAAGUGGUGGAUGCAUUUUGGAGUCUUGUGAAUGAGCACAGAAAUAUAUUCCUCGAGCUAUUUUAUGAUACAAGUGUAGGUACCUAUGAAGUAGAAGCCAGUUUGAAGGGGUUCAUUUUUGGUAGAGUGUUGAAAAUCCCCGAUGAUGAUAUUUUUAGGCACUUAACAUACUUCAAUCUUCCUAUUAUGCAAUGGGCAUUCACGAAAACCUUUAAAGAGAAUAACAUAGAAGGAAUUAUAGAACAACUAGCAGUUGUUAGAGGACUGAAUGAGAAACUAGUUGGUGAGUUAUUUGCCCAUUUACAAGACGACGUUAAAUAUGACAUGCUAAUUACGUGCGAGGAGAAGUAUUUGAAUAGUGAAGCGUUCCCCAAAGUUAUUGUGUAUGGCGUUGAUAUAACUAAAUUUGUUGGUUCUAUUAUUGGAAGCUGUUCACGGUUUCAUAGUCGAAUGAAGAUGGAAAUGGGAGAUGCCACUUUCUUUGCACUAACUUCUGGAUUGGAAAAGCUGAUCAAUUUAUGCAACCAUGGGAAUAAGAGAGACUUAGAAUGUGGUGUUAAGAUGGUUUCGAAAAUCAUACUAUUACAUCGAUAUUUUAUAGUCGAGCAUGUACUUAGACGCUCGAUUCAUUUGCAACGUGAUGUGUUUAUCCAAAGCUUGAUGAAGUUGUUCAACCACAAGAUGAUGUACAAGGAUUUAAAGUUGAAGAAUCUACUCUAUGACGUAUUAAUGUCGAUCAAGGUAAUCAUAUCCGAAUGCUUGACGCAACAAUUACAGAGGAAACACGAAAGCCCAACACAAGGGAGAGACACCCCAACGAAUUUAAAUGCCAACACUAACUUGAGUGCCGGCACUAAUCCAGCCUCAGCAUCUAACAACACUCCACCAAGCAACAGUGGCUACAUAAUCAUGCCAAACAUUCUCAACGUGAAGCCACCAAGCUUCAACAACAGUUUGAGAAAUUUGCUAGAAAUGUUUGACAUGAAGGACACCGUACGAGAGCACGAUACGAACCUACUCUUCACAGUGAACCAACAUUGGGAUGGAACCAUCGGUGGGGACGAGCCCUUAAUGAGAUACGAGAGACGUCCCUUUGAUGAGAUCGAGGGGGGCAACGAGAGCAGCGUGAAUAUCAGUCUCUUUGGUGUUGUUGCGAAAAGAGAAAACCCCCGAUAG